CUCCUUCGUGACGAAUGACCAUGGCUUCCAAGACGGUCCUCAUUCUUGGCUCGUCGGUGCAUCUACUGCUCAUCUCCUUGACGACAUCGCUGGCGCAGCAGCACACUGUCUAUCUGACACUGCCAUCCACAGCGGCAGUGCCAGCCGCACUAUCAGAGAGCUCCAAGAUCACCGUUCUCGCACUCGACAUCUCCUCGUCUCUGUCCAUCACGACAGUCGCUCGCCGCAUCGCCUCGUCCGUCUCGGGCAUUGACAUCCUCGUUAACGAUGCAGGACUCGGCGGCUCCCUGGCCCUCCUCGACGCCAUGCGGUCGUCAAGCACGUACAAGACCAAAAUCGCCAGUAUAACGGAUGCAGUCGUGGUCUUUGCUGACCUGCUGGAGCGCAAGUGUGGGAGGACCGUGUGUCUCGGCACGUCAGCCGCCAUGAUCUCCGCGCCGUGCAUGAAGAGCGCCCGGUUCUCGACAAAGGAGGCGCUGGUCCAUCUGUGCAGCGAGAUGCGGACAGCCCUCGCGCCAUGGGGCGUACCCGUGUCGUGGAUCACGGUAGACUGGACACCGACGAGCGGGCCGCUUGUCGUGGCGUCGUCGACGAGACGGGGUGGGACAAUGCAGAUGAGUGGUUUGGUUGAUGAGAUUGAGCACGAUGGGAGAAGUUCGGGCUGGGACUGGCCGGGGCGCUUUUUCAGGGGAAAGGAGAGUGACGAGUCCAUGAUCGAAAAGGGGGUUCUUGGGUGUUAGGUACCGGCUUUCGACAUUAGCAUGGCGCAUGGACAGUAUUGUUAGGGCGUUGGUUGGGGCGGCAAAGAACAGCAUUUGUUUCUGAAGCUCGUGAAGUAUUUCGAUAGCAACCGUUGUGUAGGACUCACAUCCAUAUCCAGCUAUAUCAGACACAUCUAAUGAGACUCCCAAGGGUCUACCUACUACGGAAGCGAGC